AGAAACGGCAGUUGAGCAGACUGCGGACUGUAAGGCGGUCGCCCAGCUCUGGUGUCAUCUACGGAAGACUCACUCUGCGUUUGUCGGUCGGGAACUCGUUCCCCGCUUUAUACACCCAUCGACACAGUGGGCGACAUCAGCAACAACAAGAGAGAAAACCACUGGUAUUCCGAGAGAAGAACAGGAUUAAGAAAGAAUCCACGGCGUGCUGCCCCGAUCUGAUCACUUCCACGCAGCCCCUGUCGCGCAAACGAAGUCCACAUUCCUCCUCCUCGCCUUGAGGUGCAGCGGCUCUGGCAGAGCUCCAGUUAGCUGCCCGCCCUCAACAACUAAACGUGCGUCUGCACCGCAGACGAGCGCCGCGGUGGAGUGCACCAUGGCCGAAGUGAAGCGUAACCGCAGCCGCUCCCCGUCCUCGGGGACAGUCCGUUGCGAGAAGAAGCCUCGCACGGAGCGGGAAGAGGUGGCGCUGUUCAUCUUCCGCAGAGAUCUGCGGUUGGUGGACAACACCGGUCUGCAGGGGCUGCUCGACGAGGCCGCCCAGCGCUCCCUCCGCGUCCUCCCCGCGUUCUUCUUCAACCCUAUCCAGUGCGACAAGGCGCAGAACAAGUACUUCGGCGACAGCUUCUUCCAAUUCUUCUGUCAGUCGUUGGAGGACCUUGACGGCGCCUCACAGCUGAACAACCACCUCGUGUGCCUGCGCGGCUCGGACGAGGAGUGCCUCCAGCAAGUUCGCCGCGGCGGCUACGACGUGACGGUGCUGGGUUACAACGAAGACUUCACGCCGUUCGCGCGGGCACGCGACCAGCUUCUCUCCGCGUACGCCGACGACCACGGGGUGACGUGUGUGGUGGGCCGGCAGGACUACACCCUCCGCCCGCUGGGGGAGGUGGUCAGCGGGGCGGAGCGGCCGUACAGCGUCUUCACGCCUUUCUUCAACAAAUUCCUCUGCGACCACGCCUCCAGGGUGGCGAAGCCGAUCGCGACGGAUGUGGAGCGCGUCCAGUCGAUGUUGGUAAGGCAGCCGAAAAAGUACUUGGAGGAGUACCUCGUCGACCCCACGCGGCUGUGCACGCACAACCCGAGCAUCGUCGAGAAGGGUGGGCGGACGGAGGGUCUGAGGCGUCUCGCAAAUAUAAAGUCCAUGACGAACUACGGCUCGGUCCGCGACGACAUCGCACACGACCAGACAUCGCACUUAAGCCCGUACAUGAAGUGCGGCGCCGUCUCGACGCGUGAGGUGUGGCACGCCAGCGUACAGGCCGUCGGCCUCGCACACGCGUUCACCCGACAGCUGGUGUGGCGCGAGUUCUACGCGAUGCUUCUGCAUCACCAUCCCCGCCUUGCACAGGGGCAGCUGAACGCCUUCAUUGGGCAGACGGAGAUCGUCGCGACGACGCGGCCGCAGCACAACGCCCCGUUUCAGGCGAAGUACGAGGAUUUCCAGUGGAGUUGGAAGCCGCAGCACUUUGACGCGUUUCGCGAGGGCCGCACCGGCGUGCCGCUCGUUGACGCCGCCGUGCGCUGCCUGACGGCGACGGGCUGGUGUCACAACCGCUGCCGUCUCGUCAUCUCCAACUUCGCCGUGAAGGUGCUGGCGAUCGACUGGCGUGUGGGGGAGCGGUGGUACGCUACGGUCGCCGUCGACUACGAUGUCGCGAACAACAACGGCGGUUGGCUUUGGUCGUCCGGGCAGGGCGCUGAUGCGCAGCCCUUCUUCCGGACCUUCAACCCUUUCCGACAAUCUGAGCGCUUUGAUCCAGACUGCGAGUACAUUUACAAGUGGGUGCCGGAGCUGAAGAACGUGCCACCGGAGGUGGUGCACUCGUGGGAUACGUACUGCGCUAAGCUCGAGCAUCAGAAGAAGGGCCGGGGGUCGAAGGGUUCACAAAAGGGCAAGGUGAAGGAGUACGACACUGCGUAUCCGCCUCCUCUCGUCGACAUCGCGAAGGCGAGGACGGCUGUCAUUGACAAAUUCAAGUCUUAUACCCCGAAGAAGUAG